GGGGCUGCGCUUGCUUCCGCCGCGCAGGCGCAAUCGUGUCGCUCGCGGUGUCUCGAGUUGGCGUCCGCCGGGAAGGCGGGGCUGGGGCUCGCACAUGGCCCCUCUGCGGGGGGCGGAGCUGGUCCAGACGCCGUUGCAGCUGUACCGUUACUUACUGCGUUGCUGCCGGCAGCUGCCAACCAAGGGCAUCCAGGAGCACUACAAGCACGCCGUCAGGCAGGUGCGAGCAAGUCUGGGCGAGAGUUUCCAAGUUCACUCAGACGAAGACAACCCCGAGAGAAUCCAGCAGAUUAUUAGAAGAGCCAUUGAAGAUGCCGACUGGAUCAUGAACAAGUAUAAGAAACAAAACUGAGUACCUGGAGCUCACAGCGAGAGCACAGCCGCCCCGGAGACACGUGGGACUGAGAGACCUCUCUGCUUUUGGAACUACAGAGCAGCAUCAGUUCUGGAGUAGUCUUUGAUCUUGUUGACUGAAAGCAGAAAUCAUAGCUGACAUUUGGUCAGGUGGUUUCUCAUCAUUGCAGCCAUGUCCCCAGCAUCUUUUAUGUCUGCUUUUCCAGACAGAAACGAUACACAAUUUGGGGAGAAUUUGGUGUUUUUUUGCUUCUUCUCUGUGUUUCUAAUUUUUGCCUAUCUGUUCUUUUACUUUGCUCUGAAGGCAAUUAAUUUAUUCUGGAGGUCCCGUUACCGACCUCUGAGCCCCAGAAGGGAUGUCCCCUCAGAUGACCACCUGUAUAGGAGAAAAAGAACAGGCUUGAGAACCAGGCAGCUGUGGAUCUGAAUCCCAGCCAGGGUACACAGCUUCUGACUGGCGCCUCCUGGGUGAGCCCGGGUGUGGUGACAGUGAGAUGCCUCACACUGGCUUCGUGCACAGUGACCGUGCAAGGAAGCCGCCGUGCUGCCCUUCCCCAGCUCCUUGUCCUCUUCAGUGACUCAGCUGUGAGGUCGUCUUGUUCCCUCUCAGAGUCCCACAAGCCCUCUAUUUGUGCCAUGCUGCGUCCAUCAGUCAGUUCUACCUGACAUUCCCUCCCAACAUGCUCAAAGCAGAAGCCCUGAUCCUUACGGUGGGGAAACAUCUACCGAGGUGCAAGCAGCCAGGGUAGACACCAGCAGGUCCAGGCUCUGCGCCACAGUGUGUCCUCACAGGAGAGGAGAGCAGGUCCUGGGAGAAGUGGCCCAAGUGGGCGAAGUAGCCUGAAGAUGCAGAGAAGCCACACUGGGAUUGAGUAUUUGUGCAGCACUCAGCCAGCAGGAAGAGCUAGCGCCUGCCUGUGUCCUUGUACUAUGCAGGGUGAUGUGACCUCUGUCUAUGCAGAGGUGGCUGACAGUCCUGAAGCACGUGUGUCCAGUUGUGAAAGCUCAGAGUUUUCUUCCUCCUCUUUUUAUUUCCUUGUGUACCCUGGCAGGUCUUGAACUUUUGAACUUUCAGCACUUUCUCUCUCUGCCUCCCAGACACUUAGAUGCAGGUGUGUCACAGCAGCCUGCUGCUGCUGCCGCUGCUGCUACUCCUGCUGCCACUGCUGCCUCGUUGUUGUUGUUCUUCUUCUUCCUCUUAUUACAUGUAUGUAUUUGUGUGUGUACACAUGUGAGAAUAUGCAAGCCACGAUAAAUGUUCGAGUCAGGACAA